GAAUCUCUCAUGUUAUAUAUAGAGGUGAUUUAAAGGCUAAAUAGAAUAACACACUACAGCAUAUAAACUCAAUGAUAUGGCAACUCAAAAAGAGAAACCUUCCUCCAAUUCUUUCAAAUGGUUUUCCACCAAAACCUUAAAGUUAAACCUUAGUUUCCAAAACCGACGAAGAUCACCAAAAUCAAACUCUUCGUCAACCUUAAACUCUCCAAGAAGCAACAGUGAUGACAACAACAACAUAAAGAGUCACCAGGCCUCCAAAGAAGAGCUCCGUCAAGUCUUCAGCCAUUUCGACAGCGACGGCGACGGUAAGAUCUCAGCCUUUGAGCUCAGACAUUACUUCGGCUCUGUCGGUGAGUAUAUAUCUCACGAGGCAGCUCAAGAGGCGAUAAACGAAGUUGACACUGACGCAGACGGGUCUCUAGGGUUUGAGGACUUUGUUGGAUUGAUGACAAGAAGAGAUCUUUACGGUGACGGUGAAGUUGAUGGCGAUGGAGAGUUGAAGACAGCGUUUGAGAUGUUCGAGGUGGAAAAAGGAUCAGGCUGCAUAACACCAAAGGGUUUGCAAAAGAUGCUUGUGAAGUUAGGGGAAUCAAGAACGUACGGAGAGUGUGAAGCCAUGAUAAAGUUUUACGAUAUAGAUGGUAAUGGAAUUCUUGAUUUUCAUGAGUUUCGUCAAAUGAUGACGGUUUAGUGUAAUUAAAUAUUUCUUUUACGUAAUUACCCUACUAUAUGCUCGAAAAAUGUUUAUGGAGUAGUGUGUGUGAGUUUGAAUAUAGGGAUUAUGUUAGAAGUGCUAUUAUUGAAUUGUGGUGAAAUUUUAGUAGUGUUGGAAUGAAUUUAUGAAUGAAGAAUUCAUAUUUAAGCUUGAUUUAUGUUAAUGACCAAAAAAAAUAAAGUGGGAAUUAUUCUAUGUGUAUUUACAG